GGGGCAGACAGUCCCUGUUGACCCGGCUGUCUAUUGUUCAUAAACCAAACAGAAGAUGCAGCUACAUCCGUGCUCCAUGUAAUUUAAUUGUAUUGCUUUAGAAACCUUUUCUCUUUGACAAGUUUCUUUUUUUUUUUUAGAAUGGCUUCCGAUAAGAUCAUUGGACCUGCGUUACCUCCGAUGUUUGGUGAAGAAAGCGAAGAUUCUGAUGAUGAAAGAGGGUUCGCAGGUCCUGCUCUGCCUCCUGGGUACAAACGUGGGGAACCAUCGGGCUCAUCGGAUGAGAGUGAUAGUGAGCAGGAGGUGUCGGUGAAAAGAGCCAAGACGGGACACAACUCACAAGAUGGGGUGAAAGGAGUGAUGUUAAAUGACGAUGGUGAUGAUGGAUUCUUUGGGCCGGCACUUCCACCCGGAUUUAAGAAACAGGGGAGCUCACCUGAAAAGACACCUGUGCUGGGGCCAGCUUUACCUCCUGGCUUUCAAAGAGCAGCAUGUGAUGAUGACGAUGAUGAUGAUGUCAGUGACGGGGAGCGUGGUCCAGGGCCUGCUUUGCCUCCAGAAUACCAGAAUCAUCCAUCUAGCAGUGAGGAGGAGGAUGAAGCAGUAAUUGGGCCCAUGCCAGCCAAAGGACCUUUGCAGGACUCUGUGAUCCAAGACUUUGAGCGAAGAGCAAAAAAGAUGAAAGACAAACUCACAGGAGAAGAUGAUGCUCCUGAGGUUCCUGUACGAGAAUCCUGGAUGACAGAACUCCCACCAGAACUGCAGCACAUUGGCUUAGGAGCCCGAACCUUCAAGAAGAAAUCAGGCCCUGAAAAUAAAGAUCGCUCCAUUUGGACAGAUACACCAGCAGACAGGGAGCGUAAAUCCAGAGAACGCCUCGAGAGUAAGAACAAGGGUGAAAAGGACAAGGACAGUGACCCACCAAUGCCUUGCAAAGAUUUGAAAAUGGCAGAGAAGGUGUCUAAAUAUAAUGAGUCCAAACGUGCCGAGUCUCUCAUGAGUUUGCAUGCAAAGAAGAUGAAGGAAAAAGCAAAACAUCAGUCUGACCAGCCAGAAGAGAGGAGACCUUUUGAUAGGGACGCAGACCUGCAGGUCAACCGCUUUGAUGAGGCUCAGAAGCAGAGACUGUUGAAAAAAUCUCAGGAACUUAACACACGAUUCUCCUACAGCAAGGACAGAAUGUUUCUGUAAUAAAUGAUCUGAAAUAAUGCCAGCUAGUAAAACUCCCUCUCAGAUAUUUUACAAUGUGGACUGUUUUGUAUAAACUGAUUUCUGGAUAUUUUUUUUUUUAGUUAAGUGGGAUCUCUGGGUAAAAACAAAAGUUUUGGCUUUGAGAAUAGGUAAAACUGUUUUAAAGCAAGAGACAAUUCAUGUUCUUUCAUAUCCAAUUUUUGGAGGUCAAAGUGUUAAAGCUGAUUUAAAAUAAAAAUAUUCUGUUAUUCGACUUAAACAGCAAGUAACAAUUCCUUUCAAAAGUUAUCAUGGACAUCUUUAUGAUGUAAAA